AUGAUUUUCAUGCCCUUUUUCUGCAUUAGAUUCUGUUUUUUUUUUAUGAUGGCUUUUCUAGCAUUUAUUUCACGGAAAUAAAGCGAUCUCUCGAGGAGAUGUUGUUUCGUUGUGUUUUUCUCUAUGCAGCGUAGACGCUUCUCCGAGAUGGUGGAGAUGCAUUAAGAUCCCUGUCAUUCCCUUAGUUUUGCUUAACUUUUGCACUCGAUAACGGCGUACUCUCAUACACGCCGUGACACAGAAGUUUCCCCUCCUUCAGUGGAGACCUCGGUCCACCAACGAUAGCCAGCAACGAACAGCAGAAGCAGGAAAACCCUCCCACAGAACUGAAGCACGGAGCGUCGCUGGUACGGAAGGCACGCGGCCGCCAGCAAGGAGAAGAACCCAGGAACAUUACGAUAUUAUAUUUCCGCAAUGGACCGCAAUCAGCGACCGACCCGACCAAUUGGCCGAGACAACAUGGAAGAAUUACCGUACCAGUAUGCGCCAAUGCGCUCCUGCAACCGCUGUUCGCAUAAUACGAACAAUCGGAAAUGCGUGGAAUGCACGCAGGGACCCAACUAUCGAUCGGAUGAUCCGCAAGUCGUUGUUUCCCGAUUGUAUGAUGAAGUGCUUAUGCGCAGCCUGGAUGCGUAUCGCACUGUAACACUACCGGAAUACUGGACGAUCGUCUGUGCUACACCAUUGUAUUACAAUGGUAUUUAUAAAAGCGCCGUUAAAUUCAUUGGCGAUCAUGCCGAUGAAUGGUCGUGCGCAACUCAUCCCGAAAACUUCGGACGAAGUACUGCCAAUUUGAUGCAACGCAUCACCGCACCACCAAAUCAGAAUUAUCCGACGAAUGUCGGCGGACAGCAAACGCCGUCUCAACAGCCAGCAUAUGGCCAGUGGCAACCGCCAGUUAUGUUUCAGCAGCAAAGUCUGCCUUUUUCGGGAUUUCAGCAGCAACAACAGCCUAUUCGAUAUACGAAUAUGGCAUUGCAAGUACCGCCGGGCACCUUGCCACCUGAGCAUAUUGCUCACUUACAGCAGAGCCUUCCCAGUGGAAGCUACCAGUAUGAUCUGGAAACUCGGAUGAUAACUCCAUGUCCAUGGCCAGCCGGGACAGCACCGAAAGAAUCACAACAACGGCAGACUAAUCCGCUGUUAGCGAAUCUCCCGCCACUGACCAGGAAUACUCCAGCAAGUCAAACGCCGUAUCCGCAACAAACGUUGCAAGUGCAGCCUUCAACUUCCAGAGCUAAGAAAGCAGCGAAUUGGAAUGUACGCGCAACGCGCGACAAACCAGUACAGUAUAAGCCGGAUGCAUCCGUAUUGUUGAUGCCGGAGCGACAGACACAUCCGCAGCGUAUUCGCCGCGAUAUCGACGUUAUUCGUCGGGACCUCGAUCAAUAUAUUGAUCGUGUUGCGUCAGUAAUUGGCACCGUUAACGCUGAUCAAAGAACCGAAAUUGGCAAAGCCAUCACUGAUACCUUGGAUCUGUUACAUACCGUCGGGUAUGAUUUGCGUAUUCGCAAUUCGAUUAAUAUGUACCAAAUAGAUUUGUUCCGGCAAAUGGAAGUUUGGCGAUACGAAACGCCGCAGCGUAAUGGAUUGCGUAGCGCGCUGGAUAUUUCCCAGCUCAAGAAAAAACUAAUUGAAAUUUCCGUGGUGGAUUGGGAAUUAAUUUCUCAAUUUAAAAUCCUAUUCACCGAAAAUCCGGAGGAAUUCCUCCUUCAGUUCAUACUACCGGACACGGAUCCAGCAAAGUUCUAG